CCGGCUAUAAAGGAGGCGGGCGGCGCGACUCGUGCCGCUUUGCAGACGCCGCCGCCCAAGAGCUGCCCGUGCCGCUUAGCCAUGGUUAACCCUACCGUGUUCUUCGACAUAGCCGUCGACGGCGAGCCCUUGGGCCGCGUCUGCUUCGAGCUGUUUGCAGACAAAGUUCCAAAGACAGCAGAAAACUUUCGUGCUCUGAGCACUGGGGAGAAAGGAUUUGGUUAUAAAGGUUCCUGCUUUCAUAGAAUUAUUCCAGGAUUUAUGUGUCAGGGUGGUGACUUCACACGCCAUAAUGGCACUGGCGGCAAGUCCAUCUAUGGGGAGAAAUUUGAUGAUGAGAAUUUCAUCCUGAAGCACACCGGUCCUGGCAUCUUGUCCAUGGCGAAUGCUGGACCCAACACAAAUGGUUCCCAGUUCUUCAUCUGCACUGCCAAGACUGAGUGGUUGGAUGGCAAGCAUGUGGUCUUUGGCAAGGUGAAAGAGGGCAUGAAUAUCGUGGAAGCCAUGGAGCGCUUUGGGUCCAGGAAUGGCAAGACCAGCAAGAAGAUCACCAUUGCUGACUGUGGACAAAUCUAAUAAAUUUGACUUGUCUUAUCUUAACCACCAGACCAUUCCUUCUGUAGCUCAGGAGAGCACCCCUUCACCCCGAUCUGCUUGAAAUAUCCUAUAAUCUUGGUGCUCUCGCUGCAGUUCUUUGGGUUCCAUAUUUUCCUUAUCUCCCUCCAAGUCUAGCUGGAUUGCAGAGUUAAGUUUAUGAUUAUGAAAUAAAAACUAAACAACA